AUGGAGCCUGCACACCCAUACUACCCGCUGGACGCCAAAGUGAUCGGAUAUCUGGCCAACGACUGGGACGUCCCGACACUGGUAUGCGCCUUUCUCGGAGGAUGGGGAGCUCUGCUUCUCCUGACGCUGGCGGUUGUAUCAAUUGCUCGUCCUAGUCUGAAGGCGGGCGACAAGAUUGCCAUCCUGUGGUUUGUCCUGAGCGGAAGCAUCCAUUUCUUCUUCGAAGGAUAUUUCGUAUAUAACCACACUCGCAUGGCGCCCGCGCAGGACUUCUUUGGCCAGCUAUGGAAGGAAUACUCUCUCUCGGACUCGCGGUAUCUUACCUCUGACCCGUUUGUGCUGUGCAUGGAGACCAUCACCGCGGUCUGCUGGGGGCCGCUGUGCUUCCUCCUUGCAUAUCUCAUCACCGUCGACCAUCCUCUGCGCCAUUCCUUCCAGGUGAUCGUCUCCCUGGGCCAGAUAUACGGAGACGUCCUCUACUAUGCCACCAGCAUGUUUGACCACUAUUUCCACCAGAUCAGCUACUGCCGGCCAGAGGGAUACUACUUUUGGUUCUACUACUUCACCAUGAACGCCAUCUGGAUCGUCGUUCCUGCUUACUACAUGUGCCAGAGCGUGGGCUUCAUCACCACCUCGAUCCAGUUCAUGAAAACGGCCACGCAGAACCGCAAGUCUCAGUGA